AUGAGCUUCUCAGUCACGUUCACCGAGCUGGUCAACAUCGCUGUCCCUCAGUGCGGGGUGGUGAACUUCAAGGCCCUGCAUCUCCUGCUCCACGGCAUCUUGGAGCACAUCCACAUGGCCGAGCUCACGAAGGUCCUUUCGGGGGAUGAGGACUUCCUGCAGGCCUCGCAGGUCGUGCUCGUGCCCAGAGAAGGAGACGCUCCGCCCAUCCUCAACCCCAUGAGGAGACUCAACAACGUCUUCGAGCAUGUGGUGAACCGCAUCGACAAGGUAGAGAGCCAACUGGCCCUGAUGCAGGACCUUCCGUCUACCGCCCAGCUGCUGGAGGGCAGCAAGGGUGCCAGCCGGCCUGCCCAGGACCUGUGGCACCUGAUCAAGCUCCGGAAGAUGGUGGAGGGGAACGAAGAGGCCACGGCAAAGUCGAUGAAGACCCUGCAGGAUUUGCUCACUGAUCUUUAUGCACUCAGAGUCACCACUGAAACCCUCAGGAAGGAUGUGGACAUGCUGAAGGACAUGUUUGAAAAGAUGCACAAGGAAAAAAUGAAGAUUUUCUCUGAUGACUUGAGAGCACAUAACCAGAAGAUGAUUGCGCUGCAGCGAGAUGUGAGUUCCCUCCAGGACAAGCUUCACGCCAUCCCCAAAUCCGAGGACAUGGUGCUUUGGACUGGCCUCCACGAGGCCAUGUUCACCCCGGAAACUGCUCCACCACGGCAGGACAUGUCCACCGCGUGGCAGACCACGGAGCCACUCCCAGUGGCUGCCAUGGCACAGACCUCCAAACUCCUGGAAGCUGCUCCUUCCAUCCACGUCACUGAGCCCUUCCAAAGCCCCAAGCCCCUGCAGACCAUCUACAGUUAUGAGGGCCUGGGGCACCUGCAGGAGGAGUCUACCAGUUCAGUUUCUCUCAGUGGCACCCAGGAGCAGGGCCAGCCUCUGGUGCUCAAGCCUGGGCAUGUGCCUGAGCCUGGGUCUGCGCCUGAGCCUGGGCUGGAGCCUGAGCCCACAACUGCACUGGGGCCCAUGCCAGGGCCCAGUGUGACGCCUGAGUUCAGGCCAGCCCCAUGGCCUGCAUUUGGACCUGGGCCUGCCCCAGGCAUCCAGCCCCCAUCACGGAGAGGCUGGCCUGUUCCCACUUGGUCUUUCUGGGACUUGGACUUCCUGCCGCCCACUCAGCGCUCCAGGGCCCCGCCACCAGCCACAGAGCUCGGCUCGGCGUGGCCUCCUCCACUGCAGCUACACCCGGCCCGCCAGCUCUCAGCUGUGGAAGAAAAGGAGGAGGAGUAUUACGCCUCCUACCUGAAAUUCUUUCAGGACAGGGCCACCAAGGAUGCAGCCCGCAAGGAGGGGACUCCCAAGGGCAGAGCCCGCAAGGAGGGGGCCCCCAAGGAUGGGGCUCCCGGGGAAGCACAUCACAAGGGUGCCUCGUCUGCCAUUCAACAGAUGAAAACCACCGCUACUGCUGCCGCCGCCGCAGCUGCAGCCUAUGCUGCUGCUGCAAGAUCAGCAGCCCGGGCAGCCAGGGUCGCCGCCAAGGCGGUCAGGAAUGCCCCUGCCACCAAAAUGGCCACCCUGGCAACAGUUGUAGCCUCAUCCGGGCCCUUGGGGGCCUUUGCAGAUGUCCUGGGAGCAGGGUCUUCCCGUGGGGCCACAGACCCCCUGGCCGUGGAUGAUGAGGGCAAGGAGCUGGAAGACUCCGAGGGCUACGAAGACUUCUCUCUCUCAUACUCUGUGGUGAACCUCACUCCCACUACAGCCCUGUCCCAGGCCAUGCUGGCUGCCAAGCAGGCCGAGACCCCUGAAGACAAGAAGGAAGCUGUCAGAUAUUCCAUGAGCCACAUAGCCCAGAUGCCUGUCAAACAUGACACCCUGAAGGAAGAAUUUGCCCAGCUGUCAUCCGAGCUGAACCAGCGCUUGACUUAUCUAGCCAACAUGAGAGGCUCUUCCAGCCUUGGAACAACGGUGGAUACAUUGCAGGAAGAGAUUGGCAGCCUCCAGAAGUCCAGGCUAAAGGAGGAGGAGUUGGAGAGAAUAUGGGGCAGCCAGAUGGAGAUGAUGAAGGGUCACUACCUCAUGCUGGACAAGACGGUGGAGAAGUUGCAGUUCCGCAUGGACGAGUUCAAGACUCUCCAGGCUCAAAUCAGAACGCUGGAAAUGAACAAGGUGAAUAAAAGCAUGAUGGAGGAGGAGCUGAGAGAGAAAGCCGACAGGAGUGCCCUAGCAGGCAAGGCAAACCGGGCUGACCUGGAGAUGGCGGCGACGGAGCUGCAUGAGAUGAUUCAGGGCAUGCUCUUCAAUGUUACAACCCUCCAGGAUGACUGGAAGAAGGCCAUGGAGCAGCUCCAAAAGGAUGUGAGCACCAAGCUCGUCCACAGUGAUCUGGACUCUCUGAAGAGGGAAAUGGAAGAGGUCUGGAAAGUGGUCCGGAAGCUGCUGAUUGAGGGCUUCCGAUUCGACCCAGACAGCGCAGCGGGCUUCAGGAAGAAGCUGUUUGAGCGCAUGAAGUGCAUCUCCUGCAACCGGCCGGUGGAGAUGAUGACCAGCCCACAGCUGAUCACCAUCCGCAAAGCCCACCUGCUGUCACAUCUGCGACCGGCCAGCGCCAAUAGCUAUGAGUACUUGCAGCGGCAGCAGAUGAGGGAACAGCAGCGACUGCAGCUCCAGGACCUUGGAGCCCAAGAGGGGAGCAUGGACUCCCAGCAGGACUGGGGUGACGGCCCCCAAAACGACGCCAACCUCAAGCACAAUUUGUGCAACCUUUCGACGCUCUACCCGUACGGAGACCCCCAUGUGAUAGACUAUGACACCGCCGAGGUGGACAUCUUGGGCGUGGAUGGAAUCCUAUACAAGGGCCGAAUGAACAGCCAGAGCAGAGCUCAACCCUUGACCACCAUGGAGAAGGAGCUGACAGCUGUGAAGGCUCCUCGACCCCCGUCGCGAAGGCUGUAUGACUGCACGCGCUCCAGUGCCCUGUUUGGUGCCAUCUGUCCCCCCCCGGGCCCCCGGACCAGCGCCCGCUCAGCUGUUUCCGGCCCCCACCUGAUGAUGCCAGCCCGGCCACCUUCCCUACUGCCUCUACCGCUGCUGCCGUCACUGGUCUCACCCCCAGGAGACCCCCAGCAGGCCCCAGGGCCCACCAGGUCCUCAAGAUCUCUGCGCCUCGAGUUCCAAGCCAGCAUGCAGCCCCCCAAGGAGCCCGCCAACCCGUGA